AUGUGCAAGCAUACGUCCGCCUCCCCGCGGGGACACUGGGGUGCGCAAAACGAGUCCCUGCUCGCGAUCGAGAUCUCACCGGUCAGCGCUCAGGAGUCAGCAGUCACCUCCCACGCACUCGGCUAUCGACUCCAACUCGUCUCUCGGCCAUCUGCAGCAUCCCCAGUCGUCUGCACCGCCUACCAGUUGUCAACGCGGCAGACGGAGACGGACGCGUCCGAGUGUGGUCGGCCUGAGGUGCAAGUCCCGCCCAUCUGCCUUGUCACCCCGCGCUCCUCCUCGCAAUCCACCCUCGCCGCGGGAGAGCUCUGCCACAAAAGAGCGCCCUACAAGUUGAUAACGCGGCAGACGAGCAAGUCCUUCUGCGCCCCGAUCUCCACCGCCGCCCGUCUAUGGCGAGUUGAUAACGCGGCAGACGACUUCUACACGUCAACAACGCAUCCUCGUGUCGGCGUGCUCGAUGCACUCGCCUCGAUAUCCGCGCUCGCCAGCCUUCUGCACCGCGAUCUAUGGGCAGAUGCGGGGGCGCGAUAG